CCGCCCGUCGGUAGUCGUUUUAAGCAGGUACCCGGUGAGCGUUUGUUGUUUUUAGGAACUUAGCAGCCCAGCCGCGGCGAAAACUCUUGUUUUUGGCAAGAAAGGAGGAAGGACCGCGGAGGAUGUGUGGGUGGGCGCUUAUGGCUAAUUAGCUUUACGCUUGCUAGCAUUCAUUUUAUUGAGAGUAAAAGGAAAUGGCCAAAGAAGGCCAAACGCAGAAGAAUGCCAAGCGCUUUGUACCACAACGGAGACAUCGUUUUUGCGUUUCUUAGCCCAGUUAGCUAGCGGCAUCUCAUAAGCGUAAAGUCAGACCCGUAGCAUAGCUAGCCAGCUAACUGUUAGCUACUAGCGCAAAAUGGCCUCAUUGUCGCUCGGUAGCUCUGAUGCUGAAAAGACAAAGCAUGCGGCAGUCACGGCCAGCAGCUCCGUAGCGCCUUUUCCAGCCGCUGGAACGGCUCUAAGUUGGCGGCUGAUAGUGAUUACAAUACGUUUUUAACGGAGAAUGGGACAAUUAAUGCCGCCGUGUUGUACGUUUAUUUAUUCAUUUAGUACGGCGUGCUGUGAAAGUGCUGGGUUUUCACUGUGCAGUGGGGGAUGGGUCAUGCUAGGAGCCAUUGACGUAAAGCGAGGCUGCAUUUUGUUUGGCUUCUGGCUCCUAGCAUAAUACAAGAGCUGUUUAUUAGUAUCUUUACUACCUGACACGAUGUGAAGUAUCGCUGCCGUACGUGGUUUUUAAUUAUAACAUUAUUAUUUUAUAUUACCUGACUCCAGUACUGCUUGCGUAAUUUCAGUGAGGUGAUUUUUUUUCCACUUGAUUUCUCAUUUCCUGAUAUCUGCUAGACAAGUUUUUGAUCAUAAUGUGUGUCAGCAUUUUCUUGUUGAAUAUUGCUAAAACAGUGUUACUGCGUUUACUGUCAAGGACAUCAUAUAAGAACGUAAUAUGCAUGUGAAUGUGGUUUAAAUGGCAGGAAUGUUUGUGAUUUUAUUGUACUGGACAUCACGUCUAGUUAGAUCUCAAUCACUACAAUUAAGCACCUAUAGCAGACAAAAUGUUUAAGGUCAAUAUAUGUAAUAUUUAAAAAAGUUAUGCACAAUAAAUCUUAUAAUGUUUUAAAAAUUGACAGCUUGUCAGAUGUUUAUUCACUUUCAGGCUGUUGAGGCUUGUUUUUUGUGUAAAUGAAUUGAGUUUUGUGUCAUUAUUAGGUGAUUAAUUAGUUUGUCCAGAAAGGUGUUCAUGUAAUUGUGCUCAAUCAGCGUAAUUGAUUAAGAAAAUAAUAGCACUAUUAGUGAGAUUUUGGUAAUCAAUAUAUCCUUAUUAAUAGACCUACAGGCGUGUGUUUUUUGCACUGUUUUGUCUGCUACAGGUGCAAGAUCAGAAUGAUUAAGGUAAAAGGUGUUUUCAGUCAGAUGGGAGUUUUUUACAAUAAAGAAAACAAAUAUUUACCAUUCUAUAGAUUUUUGUCAUUUUCAGUUAAUUAAAUCUCCAAGUAGAAUCCUCGAGAUGUAUCUCUAAAAUGCUAGUUAAUUGGGAGUUCAAAAACCAGAUUUAUCAAUAUACCUGUUGAAAAAAAAGAAAAUCUGUCAUGUACAAAACUGUUUUUUAAUCCUCUGUUUAGUGUGCUUUCUCUCAGGUUGUAGGUAUUUGUGGUUGUAUUUCAUUUUCCAUCUGAAUUUUUACACAUGUUGUUGUUUUUCCUUUAGGGAGAUAGUGCUCUCUAGUAUCUCUUGUUUAACAGGGACCAGCACAGUUGCACUACACAAGAAGACAUCAUAUGUCUUGUCCAUAAUUGUUUUCUCACCCUUUGUAUUUUAGAUCCCCGGGUACCUUCAUAAAUGACUUUUUUCCUAUUCUGUCCACUGUCAGGAAAUGUUAUUCUGUAUGCAAGCGAGGACUGAAAGACCUCCAGACUGUACAUUAGAUCCACUUUUUUAUUAUUGGUGUUAAUUAUAACUUUUUAAAACAUGGUGCUGAUUCCAGAUUCCAUGUGAUCAAUCAGGUGAAGACAGUAGCUGUUAUUUAAUCUUUCUUUCUCAUUUUAUGUCAUGUGUGUAUAGAGGCACAGUACUUCCUCUGUUGAUGGGUCACGUAAAGGAGAGGUUACAGUCAAUUCCUAAUUAGAAAUCACUAGAUUUGAUUACAUGUUUGAUUAUAUGCUGAUUAACUGUAAAAUGUUGAAUUAUGUGGUGUUUUUGUUAUCCCCGUUUUAGUUGUAAAAUCUUGCACAACACCCCCGAGUGCUGCAAUGUGUUAAUCGUAAGAUGGUAUGUAUUUUCCACAGAUUAUAUGACCUCAGUUUUGCCUGGCAUCGUGAGAUGGAAAAAAUAAAACCCUUCUUUGAUGGUAGUUGGUAGAAGUGGGCAGUUUUUGUAAAAUUGUUAACAAAUCUUUGUUGCUUGAUUUCCACUCUAUAAACCCAAAUGCUAUGCUUUUACAGUCCAACGUGUAUCAGUACUGUUUUCACUGUACCCCUGGUUUUACUUUUUGUGAUUAUUUUGUUUAAAAAAAAAAAAAAAAAGUAUCACAAAUAGAAAUUUGGAGCAAGUGGAAUCAUUCACCCAAAUGCCCUGCCCACAGGUUCUCACAGAGCGGAGACACAGCCAGACACUGCACACUACUUUUCUGUCUGAUGGAAAAUUAAAUGCCACAGGCUGCUGUUCAGAGCUCAGUCUCCUAUUUACUUGCAUCACGUUUAUUCUGGGGAGUCAGAGGGCCUUCAAUGUUGGCAGGAGUGGUGUGUUGUUCCUGUAAGACAUCUGUGUGCUCCAAACGGUGUGCAAUAAGGAAGUUGACUCUACUUUUCUUCCCCUCCCUCAGUGAAGAGAAAGUGAAAAUCUUGCUCUACUAGUUUUCUUUAAGCGCGUCGUGAGUAGACCUUGAAACCUGAUAUCCCUUGUUAAUAUUAGUGGGUCAUGGUGGUAUGUUGUAUUGUCAAUAUUGUAAAUGCUGUUAUUUUCCAUAUUAUCACCUUUACCCAUUAAAAGCACCUUAUUGAAUAGGAUAUUUUCUUGAUCACAGGUGGCAGUGGGAAAGAAUAUAAGUGCACUGAUCAUGUAACUUGAGUGCUGUUUUUGUUUUCUGACAAAGGUCUCUCUAGUCUGUGCUUACUUUGAUGCAGCGUCGGCAUUUAGUUGGUAACCAUGCUAUUUUCGGUGGCUCAGUGGUCUGUUAAAAGUGUGGUUGUUCCGCCCAGCAGGAGUCUUGCCUCAGACUGGCCUAAAAUGGGCAGAAAUGGUGCUGAACAAAAGCUGCUUGUCGCUCGUACAAAAGUACUUGAAGCGUUGCAGCCGGGACCAAGCUGCAUUGCUAUUGCCUGUGCCUCUCAACAGGAAAGAGAGACAACAUGUUCCCGAAGGGCACCAAGCGCAAGUUCUCAGACUCCGGGGAGGAGCCGGUCUCCAAUGGUGAGCAGGUCCUGCCGGCAGCUUCAUCUGCGGCGGCUCGGACGCUGUCGUCCUCUUACAGCCUACAGCGGCAGUCGCUGCUUGACAUGUCGCUGAUCAAGCUGCAGCUCUGUCACAUGCUGGUGGAGCCGAACCUGUGCCGCUCGGUGCUCAUCGCUAACACGGUGCGGCAGAUCCAGGAGGAGAUGACCCAGGACGGCACCUGGCAGAUAAUGACCCAGGCCCUGGCUGCCGCUCAGUGUCCUGCCGACCGCCUGGUGGCCACCGAGGUGCUGUGCCGGCAGACGGAUGCGGCGGCUCAGGCCGGGCAGAGCCCAAAGCCCUUCUCGGUGGUUGGUUUGGAGGAAGGCUACCACUCUGAGGAGGUGGUGAUGGAGGGAGAUGUGGAGACAGAGGUCACCAUGUCCACUUUGUCGACCGUUUCCCCCCAGCUGUCCUCUGCUUCUUACCUGGCAGGUCCCUUUGGCAUGGGGCCCUGCUGGGAGGAGGAGGAGGAAGACGGUGAGUGCGAGGAGGAUGAAGAGGAGGACAGUGAGGAGUGUGUGUCGGAGGGAGAGGAGGGAGACCGGGACCACCUGAGCGCAGACUCCAGGACAGGGGAGCAGGUUUUUGGGACUUUUGAGAUCAAGCACCCGGCGCCGCCCCCUGACCCUGCACUCGAGGAACUGUUUUCAGACGUGGACCCGUCCUACUAUGACCUUGAUACGGUGCUGACAGGCAUGCAGAGCGCCCCAAAGAUGGGGCCUUACGAUCUGCUGGAGAGCCUUUCCUCUCACGGGCCGACGACCCUGAGCUCCAGCUCGAGCUGCAGGUCAGACCUGAACGAACUGGACCACAUCAUGGAGAUCAUAGUGGGAUCCUGAAACUCAGAACAUUCUUUUGGCCUGUACUGAUCCCUCAGACUCUUUCCAGACUAUGCACAGUACACAUGUGCGUGUUCUGUAUGUGGUAUUGUUACACAUGGAGACUGUUGGAGGUUUUGGGACAAGGUGGGAAAUUAACAGCAAGCCAAGUAGAUUUCGGGAUCGGCCGUUAGACGUGUAGUUAGUCUGCUCUAACGGCCGCUUAGGCAAGACGGCAGCUGCUGUUGGGACCUUCAUUUAUUCAAAAAAAUAUAAUUGGCAACAAGUGGUGAUGGUGAAACGAAUGAAUUUUGGGAUUCACGAGCCAUCCUGGCUUGUGGGCAAAGCGGUUAGUUUCCUACUUUGUCAAUGAAACCCAGAACAUGACAAUAUCUGUGAGAGGGCGAAGAUAAUUACCUAUACCAUGAUGCAUUCUUAUUUACGUACUUUCCAUGUUUACGUCUGUCAUACAUUCUGUCAUACUAGCUCCUUCUGGUCGUAUUCUCUGCCAUUUUGUCCAUUUCUAUUUAUUGUUACAUGGACUGAGGAACAAUUCAUCACACUACAUGCAUCAGAAACCAGAACAAAUUGUAAAUCCAAAUCUAUGAACCAAUGCAUAUUUUCCUAAAGAUUUGAGCAAUUAUGAAUGGAAUAUAUGUAUAUGUACGUAUGUGUAUAUAGAAAUAUAUUUUUUGCAUUAUACAGCUGGGGGAUUUUGCAAGUAUCAUUUGAUAUUAUUAUUUUUCCCUCCCAAGCGGUUUUUAAGAUUUUAAUGUAGCCAGACUUGAGACAGCGUCUUCCCAUGGUUUGGUAUAACAAGUUGACUGUAACUGGUGUCAGGGCUGGCAUUGUCACACUUUUUAGGCGCUGUUCUGUCAUUUUCUCAAAGCUUUAUGCAGGGCAGGGAAAAUACUGCUGCCACCAACCAAAUGCUGGUUAAGAUUUGACUGUUUCUGGUGAGGUAACAGUAUCCAGCCCUGCUUUACAUACAGAUCUAAUAACAGUAAUAAUAACAGCUUUUCCUCAAGCAUUUGGAGAAUCCACGGGGUGAUAACUGCAUCAAGAAGCCAUAUUUCUUUCUCUCAUUUGUUAGUACUACAAAUGAGGAAUUCUGUGUGUUAACCCAAUCUAAUUUAUUGUUUUAUUUAUUGUAUUUAUUAUAUCUAGGUACAGACAUGCCACAUUGACUUCAAAUCAACCAUGAGGCCCGAUGAAAUUAUAUUUAUCCAAAUUUCGCCCUCUGUUUUCAAUGCAGUACCUAUUUAUUCCUCACAUUUUUUGUUAUUAUUAGUAAUAAUAAUAACCGGGUUACUAUUCAAGUCACUAUGCAGCUCUGUCAUACGUGUUUCAAAAUGAUUGUAUACGACUCAAAUGUCCUUUAAUUCCUUUAUGCAAACAGUUGCCUUUCUCCUAAAGAUGUGGAAAAUCAAAUGCGUUUUUUCAAAAUUGUUCCUUAUCAUCGUGAUGAAGAGAUUAACUCAGGCAAACAAAAUGUAUUGACAAAAAUACAGUAUUACGACACGCUUAAUACCUUACCACAACACUCCUGAAGGAUGUCACUCUGGUCUGAAUGGGAGCUAGAACUUCAAAGACUAAUUACCGUUGUAAAAUGUAUGCAUUUUUUUACAUUAAGGAAAAAACAUUGUAGCAUCUUUGUAAAUAUUUUUUAUAAUAAAAGGUGCAACUAUU